AUGGGGCAGCAGUUCAGCUGGGAGGAGGCGGGGGUGGCCGAGGAGAUGGACGUGGCCGAGCUCCAGGAGUGGUACAAGAAGUUUGUGGUGGAGUGUCCCAGUGGCACCCUCUUCAUGCAUGAGUUUAAGCGCUUCUUCAGGGUUGCAGACAACGAGGAGGCCAACCAGUACGUCGAGGGCAUGUUCCGAGCCUUCGACAAGAAUGGGGACAAUACCAUCGACUUCCUGGAGUAUGUGGCAGCCCUAAACCUUGUGCUGAGGGGUACACUGGAGCACAAACUGAAGUGGACGUUUAAGAUCUAUGACAAGGACCGCAAUGGCUGCAUCGACCGUGUGGAGCUGCUAGACAUUGUGGAGGCGAUCUACAAGCUGAAGAAAGCCUGCCGGAUGGAGGUGGCGGACAAGCAAGACCAGCUGCUCACGCCCGAGGAGGUCGUGGACAGGAUCUUCCUCCUGGUGGAUGAGAACGGCGACGGCCAGCUGUCUCUGGAUGAAUUCCUCAAAGGGGCCCGCCGUGACAAGUGGGUGAUGAAGAUGCUGCAGAUGGACGUGAAUCCCAGUGGCUGGAUCUCCCAACAAAGGCGGAAAAGUGCUAUGUUCUAA